AUGGCGACCGCAACCUCGUCGUCGCGUCUCCUUCUCGCCCAUCGCGACUUCUCCCGCAAUCUCGACACCAUUUCCUCUUCCUUCUCCUGCGGCAGCUUCUCCUCUCUACAAGCAGCACUGGCUAACGUUCCUCGCUCCCGCAGCAAUCUCGACGAACUGCUUCCUCCCCCGAGUCUCGCUCGCAUCGAAAACGACGGCAGCGACCCCUCCGGCUCCUGGCGACCUGCUUCAUCCAUCUACUCGCUCAACCGCGACUCCUACGCCUCCCCCGUCACGCCCAACUUCGCAAACGUGGCUGCCCGUAAUACCUAUUCCUCCGCCGUCGCGGACAUUUCUCCCCCGAGCUCUCCUGACUUGGACGCUCGUGGUGACGAAACCUCCGCCCAGGACCGAAGUGUCUCUCCCAUAGAUGACUCGCCCAACAUGUCGCAACUCGCUCUCGAAGACCAGCAUACGGGCCAGCAGCCCACGCCCCCAAAGAGCAACAUCCCCAUGAUGCGUCGCGAGCGCAGAAAGAACCAGGACGCCGCAGCCCACACCCUGCGGGAGACCAAAUCCCAGCAGCGCCUGCGGAUCCAGCGCGAGACCAAGUGGGAUGACAUGACGGGCGAACCCACGUACCUCGACACGGGCCGUGCGGGCCAGGUCAGACCACAGGAGUACGCCCAGGGACUCACCCAUCCGACGCCCUUUGGCAAGUCACCCGCCGCCAUGAGGGCCAUGCAGAAUGCCCCCCAGGCACAGCAGACCUUCACCGAUCGCCUGCGCAGGCUGCGGCCCGUCGGCGCCGGGAACCCAAAGGACCAUCCAAAGGACCAGCAGCAGCAGCAGCAGCAGCAGCAGCAGCAGCCAGACGAACGUCCAUCUGCUACUGCAACUGCGCCCGUGUCCAUCGACGAGCGUCCGCCCUGGCGCGGCGCUCAUCAAAGCGGACGAACUGCAAUCGUCAACCCAGUUCGCGACACGGAGCCCAAGGAGCCUCUCAGCAUCCCGCGCAGGAGCAGCAGGCGCAUCGCCGUUGGGCCUCGGCUGCCCAUCGCCGGCGUCUCUUCACCACUCUCCCCUGUCAGCCCCUCUGGAUCUGAAACGUCGCCGCGGUCGAGGACGCCCACCGUCAGAACUGUGCUCAACGCCCCCCGCCAGCUUACUGCAGGCACCAACGCGCCCUCCCCCUCGGCCACUCGAACCCCUCCGCCCGCUCAGUCCUCCUAUCCCAGCCCGCCCAACUCGGCCAGUGCUGGCGUCCAGUCACCCGUACUUGCGACGCCCGAAGCCACUAGCAGUCCGCCUGUCACGACCCGAAAGCCUGCACCCCUGCCGGGCCUGCCCGCUGCCCCUAAUGCACAUCUCGGCCAAGACAAGGCCAUUCGACGGAAGCCUCCUCCUGCCAACUCGCAAGCGCUUCACGCACCGCAGCCGUCAUACUCCUCGAGCGUCUACUCUGAGGCCACCACCGUCCCGCCCGUCAGCACCCACGAGCGAUCGCCGCCUCGCGCACCGAGAUCACCCGGUGAAGCCCUCAAGGCCAACGAGCCUUGGGACCAGCCCCCGUCGCGGUUCAGCGUCACCACCUAUGCCACUUCCGCGGCGGACCAAACCCCUCGUCAGUCGACAGAUACCGCGCCUCCGCCGGUCCCCGCGCUCCCUUCGCCCCAGCAGCAGAACGGUGUCAUGAACCGCAAGCGUCCGGCUGUUCUUGGAUCCACGAGCAACGCCAUCAACGCCGACAAGCCUUUCGUUAUUUCCAUGUCCUCGCCUUACAUGUCCAGCGCCUUCCCCGAUAACGACCUGCCCGCUCCUGCACGAUCAGAACUCCCCAGCCAGAAGCAGCCGAUACCGCGCGCUAGCAACGCAAGUAUGUACAGCACGUCCAGUCGACCCGACUCGGUUUGGUCCACGAGCAAGGCCCUUCCGCCGCCGCCAACCGAGACCUCCAUGGUCAACGAUCGUGUAGGCUACCUCAACGCCCGUCUCGAGUCACUCGGCAACCGCCGCAUCAACAUCAACCAAGCCAUCAAGCAGAUGACGGAGCUGAUGCCGACCGACAGCAUCCUGGCCAGCGAAGCCGUGCUACGCAAGCGCGAGGCGGAGAAGCGCAAGGUCGAGGCCCUCAAGGUUGAGCUGGCAGAGGUCCAGCGUGAGGAGUACGAAAUAGGCCUCAAGCUUCAUCGCGCCUACAAGAGGAUGGAUCGUAAUGCGGAGUACGAGCCGACGACGCUCUGGGUGAGGAGGGUUACUGGCUGA